AUGUGCGAGGAGGACUACUCGAACGUCAAACGCGGUAUCGAUUAUUAUGGUGUGCUAUCGUUGAAAAAGAACAGCGACGAUUUGGAGAUCAAACAGGCAUUUCGCCGGUUAGCAGUACGAUACAAUCCUAAAGGAGCAAAGGAUGAAAGUUUCGCGACGAUUUUCGCCUUAGUGGCCGAGGCAUACGACGUGCUCUCAGAUCCCCUUAGGAGGGCUGUAUACGAUCAAUUCGGCGAAGAAGGCCUUAAAAAUGGCGUGCCCGGUACAGAAGGAUUCAUUGAGCCAUACAUUUAUCACGGGGAACCGAUGAGAACUUACAGGGAAUUCUUCGGGACCGACAGCCCUUAUGCUGAUCUGCUCCAUGUACUAACGCAGCCGUCGGCUCCGUUGGAAUUUCCCGAGGGACGUGGUUUAAAGCGCAAGGAGGAGCCCCUGAUAAAAAGCCUGUACCUAACCCUAGCGGAGGUCUUUUACGGAGGUAUCAAAAAAAUGAAGAUCCAAAGAUUGGUUCUCGUGGAGGACGAUAAAUCGAGAACGGUGACGAAAGAGAAGAUCCUAACGAUUCCUAUUAAACCAGGGAUACCCACGGGAACUAGGAUCGUUUUCCAGCGAGAAGGCGAUCAGGGACCCACCAAGAUACCUGCGGACGUAAUCUUCAUCACGGAGGACCGGCCUCACGAGACCUUCCGAAGAGAGGGCUCUGACUUGCACAUGACGGUCGAUAUCUUUCUGCGAGAGGCACUGACCGGAACAGUGGUCACCGUCAACACCCUCGACGACAGAACGCUUCGAAUCCCAAUAACGUCUGUCAUCACGCCCGAUUACCGGAAGUGCAUACCUGGUGAAGGUCUACCGCUACCGGAAAUCCCGAAGAAAAAAGGAAGCCUCAUCGUAGCGUUUAAAAUCGAAUUUCCAGUGUACCUGCCAGUGUCCAAUAAGCACUACGUCAAGAGAGCAUUCGACACAGAAAGCGACAUCAGGGACACGGAGUACGUCCAUCGUAUGAUAUUGGCGAAUAAAAUGCGCAAAAACGUGGACUUUGAUGUUCCCGUGCGUCGAGACCCUGACGACUGCGAAGCUGUACAAUUACAAUACACGUGUAAUUCAUAA